CGGCUUGCCGGGGAAAAAGGACACUGCAGUGUUAUUGUUUUUAGACGUGACUACGUUAAAGUGACUACGGGUUUUCUCGUGUGCGUCGUAGACCCGAACGCAACUUAUUUACGAAGAAGAAAAAAAACCCCAUUCCUAACAAGGCUGUCAAUUAGACGUAACGGGAUUUAAAAGCACAACUCAAGCGACGGCGAAUUGCACCGACCUGCCCAAGCCGCAUGAAGCGCGUGGGCAGGUGAGAGCUGCCCCCACCGUCCUCGCGGCUAGGGGCAGACACGCGGCGCUGCCCCGAGCUAUGCAAAUGCGCGGCUGUAAUUGGAUCUGGUGCACGGGACAUCUCCCGUUGCCACGUGUGCGACGUGCGGGAGACGCGUCCAACAUUACGGCCUCGGCCACGUUCAGUGCGUUCAUUUCCACGGCCACGGCCACUCACUGGAGCCGCAGUCGUGACGCAUAGACCCGCGCACGCGCGUACCAUCAGCCACGAAGACAUAGACACACACACACGACCAAGUUCAGUGCAUUCGUUGCCACGGCCACGGCCAAGGCCACUCACGGACCCAUAGCUGUGACACACAGACCAACACGCGUACUCGCAGCCACACACACGGACACAGCGCCCCACGCACAGACCCCCAGCGGUGACACACACACACAGACACAGAGCCGCGCAGGAUGAAGCGUGCCCUCCACAGUCGCCACGUCGCGAGUGAAUGACACGAGGCGUCGAUGGGGCUGCCCUAGACGACUUCCCCGUUGCAGGGGGACCGCUCUCCGCCGCAUGGAGGCGACGGCGCCGCGCACGACACCCGGGGGACGACCUCGCCAAGCGCCGAGGGACUCUCUGCUCCCUGCCGAAGAAUCCACGGCCCUUUGGUCAAGGAUCAGGAGCCGAGGGCUCACGCAGCCCAGGCGGCGACAAAAGCUCCCCACGGCGGCGGCGUCUGGGCCCCCCGGGGACUCGAUGGGAUGGAACGAGAGCGCGGAGCCUCGCAGUGACGCGGAGAGCGGGGAGGAAGGAGGCGAAGCUCAGGCGGCCGAGCUGAGCCUCACCCUGGACAGACUCGGCCACGGCCCCAUGGGAUUCAGCGUCCGCGGUGGGGCCGAGCACGGGCUGGGCAUCUACGUGAGCCGCGUGGAGGACGGCAGCCAGGCGGCCCAGCAGGGCAUGUGCGUGGGAGACCGGAUCGUGGCCGUGAACGGCCUGAGCGUGGAGAGCGUGACCCUUGCCGCGGCCGUGUCGGUCAUCACGAGCGGCGCGGGUCGCCUGCGCGUCACCGUGCGCCGCGUGGGCCGCGUGCCGGGAUUCAAGCGCUCGAGCGAGAAGAUCUCGUGGGUCGAUGUUGCAGCCAGACACCUUGUGAACGGGGCGGCCCCUCGGGACCGAGUCGUCCACCUCCGCCUCUCGCCAGAGGACCCGUGUCUGGGUCUCAACGUCCGCGGUGGCAGCGAGUUUGGCCUGGGCAUCUACGUGUCAAGGGUGGACACCGGCGGAGUGGCCGAGAGAAGCGGAAUCAGGAUCGGUCAUCGGAUCGUCGCUGCGAAUGGCGUCAACUUCGAGGGCGUGUCGCACGCGCACGCGGUGGAGACGUUGAGGCAGCACGAGCACGUCAUCCUCACCAUCCGGGAGGUUGGCCGUUACCCAGCAUUCCAGGAGCUCGUUGAAGAAUACAGCUGGCUCAACAAGGUCAAUGUCCACGUGUCUCCACCAAACGCUGCUGCUGCUGCUACUACAAUGGGCUCAGCCUUGCCCAAUGGGCUCCUGCCGAGCUACCAGCUCUCACCUCCUCCCCCCGAGCAGCACUCGAGAGCUUUCCACGAUGACCCCUUGGCCUCGAGUGACAGCGACGCUCUGAGCACGCGGAGAGAAGCCUACGUACAGACAGACCUGGACCAGCAUCGCCCGGACGGAGAGCCUCAGUCGUCCGACGGAGAAGACGCCGUGGUGAGGCUGUCCGAGACGUCCCGGGACAUCUUGCUGGUGAGGCCGCGCACGUUUUCUGGCGGCACGGGGGAGGCCCCCCAGCCCAAGUCGACCUUCUCUGCCAAGACGGCCUUGCUGACGGCCCUCAGCUGGCCGCGCCGGCCAGCCCGGAGGUCGCAGAGCUCCAGGACACUCACAGAGGAGGAGACAGAUGAGAAGGUGAAGAAGAAAGUCAAGAAGAAGCUGACGUGGGUGAAGAAGCAGCCGGGCACGACGAGGUCGCGCCCCGUCAUGAACCUGUUCCGCGGAGGCCGCGCGAGCCCCUUGGCGGCGGUGGCCCCACGCGACGAAGGGCCCUCCGCGGGCGACGGGCGACCGCCCUCUCACGCCGCGCCACGGCCCCCGUACCCCGGGACGGCGGCUCCCGGCUACCCGGACAAGGACGGAGAUUUGGCCCACGCGGAGGGGUCUGCUGGCGCAUCAUCACCGAGACCAAGAUUUGUUAUUCGUCCUUCAAAAACGAUGCGGAAAAGCCGGCGCGCCUCGUCUCGGUUUGGCUCCCGAGGCCUCCACGAUGCAGGGCAGCAGCAGAUAGAGCACGCGCGACUGGCGGAGGAGCAGGUGGUGUCUCAAGACCCCAUCGAGGAAUCCAACGAUUACUGUCCAGUGCUUAGAGCUACUGAAAAAGGAAUGCCAAGAAAGCAGUUGAUCACUUCUGUUCCCGAUUACCAUGGUGGAUUUUUGCUGAGACCAAUGAAUGAGGAGGAGGAAAAGUCUCGGCUGUUACGAGUAUCGCUCGCUCGGAUGAAACUCAAGCCAGUACCAAAGGUCGCCUCUCUGGAGGACGUCUCCGUAGACGACUUCGCUGGAGCCUCAGCGGCGAGUGCUGCUCCGCAGGAUGGCAGAGAACGAGGGCACGGUCUCAUUUUCUUAAAGAUCUCCAAAAGGAAGCAAUCGCUCGGAAUGAGCAUUUCUGGGGGCAGAGAUAUCGUGGCUCAGCCAGCCGUGAGGAUUGAGAAGAUCUUCCCUGGUGGAGCUGCGGCCGAGUGCCAUCUAUUAAAACGCACCAGGGGGUUGCCGCCUGUCCUGGCUGUUUGCCGGAUCCUCUUUUUCGACGCAGCGAAUCCUGGGAAAUCUCUUGGGUCUUCCCGGGACGUUCUUCACGUUCUCCUCCUUCUCCUCCUCCUCCUUCUUCAUCUUGUGUACGAUGGAACUAUGGCUCAGGAGCAUAAACCAUCGCGCAAACUCUGGUCAUCCUCGCAGCGGAUUUUGGCUGGCCAUCGAACAGAAGACGGUCGCUGCAUCAUCACACGCUUUCAUGUGCACUUCUGCGGCGGUCUGUAAUGCUCUUCCUUCAGAUAUUAGGAAGCAACUGGUGCUGUGCACUUUUAAGUGACGAUUGAGAACUAGUUUAGUUUGUUGUCCUUCCCCCGCACCUCCGAUUAUCACGGUUGGCUGCGUACGGUGCGAAAGAAGUUCAACAUACACACAGAGGGCUUCAGCAGAUAAAGUGUUGGUGUAGUUUUGCUCUUGCAAAAGCCUGACUCGGGUGAGCUGGCUUAAGGCCAUGUGCUUAACUUGAGCCGGCUCUGAGCAUGGUCCCAGGCACGGUUCACGUGUAAAUCCGCCUGGCCUGUAAAUACGCUUUUGCGAAAUACCCUGACCAAUUCCUGGUAGGAAGCUUUCGUGACUGCAGGAAUCCAUACUCUUUGGUUCUUUCGGUAAAGUCACGGAGGUAGAAAAAAUCAAAUAGUGACUUUACCGAAAGAACCAAAGAGUAUCAAUUCCUAGUCGUCACACAUUCGUCUCACAAAAUAAAAAAAAAAGAUUGUACACAAAGCAUGCGCAGGUACCACUCGGUUCAGAGAGUGAAUGUCAUUUAGCGUGCCAUUGUCAGAUUUUAAUGUGUUGACUGGCAUAGUAUUUAAUAUGUGCGUAGUCCAUGUUCGCAAAGCAAUUAAAAUAAUUGGGGGAUAUAAAGGCUCUGUGAUGAUGCUACAGUUGAGAUGCGGAUCAAAAAACUUCUGCCAAUGGAGUUUACGCCCACUCAGGAGCAAGUCACGGGCUAAUUUGAUCAGUUGUGGCACUGAACACGGAUGAAAUCAUGCAAUUUUUUUAAACUGUUGUUGUUCACAUGGACUAUGUUUACAUGUCUGUGCCAUGUGAUUUGGUACGUUCUCUCUGGCGUGACGAUUAGGCAAAUGACAUUGCAUUAAUCCAUCAACUGACAUCGAUUCUCAAGCUCACAAUACUUGUAUCGUCGAAUCGAUUAUUUACAAUUAAUACAAAUGCUAUAACAAUGUUACAUAUGAGCUCAUUGAUAAAGAUGUACAGGUGAGACAAAAAACUAAAACAAUGAGAAUUUUGUUUUAUGAAACUACUGUACAAGUUGUACAUUGAAUCUUCGGGGGCAAAUAUUACAAUAACAGUGAUUGAGAUGUGUUGAAUAUAAUAUUAAAUUAUCUGGGAAAUGUUCUGAACAUAUUUCACCACGCCGGCCAGUGCAUAUUGGGUGAAGGGGGGACACAUGACCAUUUGAGAUAUGAUUUGCAUAUCUUACAACCACGGUCGGGAAUUCAACUCGGGAAGCUGGGUUCAGAGCGCAGUAUGCAAAGCACGACGCCGCCACCCCUUCCCACCAUGGGCUAUACAGAGGAGAAAUAUCGGGGUUACAUAAGAAACACAAAUCAUACUUGAAGCACUACCAAGAAGACCAAAUGGACAUUGGCAGGCUAGUGGAGAGGACAGUCAGGUAAAUGAGCAGGGCGGUGUUGAGUUAUUCACGUGGGGGACGCACGUUUGGCACGAUGGAUUGCAUAUGCACGCAAUUGGGAGCAAUUCUAGUUGUCAGAUAUGUGACGUAGCAGGACAUCAGGCAACGCAACUCAGUGCAUGGGGGAUGGACACCCUCUUGCAUUUGUUCCCGACAUUUAAUUUGCACACUUUCUCAGGGCAGCAUCUAAUGUACAGGGUGUCUUGCAUGAGCUCAUUAUCAAAUAAUUAUAAUGAUGUCCGCGACGGUGUUGCCAAGACACAACUCAAGAAAAAACUAAAUUAUUCAGGCGUAAACCAACAUCUGCGAUUGUUACGUUUGGCUGCUACGUGACGCUCAUAAUCGCUCGACCUUUUCUGUUUAAACAGUUUAAUUACGUAAGGAGCACUUGGCCAACUUUUUUCACACUUCAAACUGCUAAUAAUAAUAAUUGUCUUAAUAAAUGGCCGCCUCUAUGGACACCUUGUAAAAGAGUGGUAAAGGUGCUGCCUAGUAAUUGCUUGGCCCUCGCCACUGUUUCGGAAGGGUCAUCGCAAGAGGAAUCUCUAGAGCCGCGUUCUUCAUUGUAAGGCCCCUGACAAUACACAAAGAGUGAAAACGCCCCUUGCAGACGGUGUGGCGGCCCUCGCACCGAUCAUGUCUCGUGGUCGAAAGUGGACAACCCCCUCCUCUGAAAAUUAGUGAAGAACACUGGCUCGAGAGUAUUUUACCCUCUUCCACACAGAUCAGACGUCUUGGUAGAAGUAGGAGUACAAUUGCUUUACCCCAACACACGUGACCUGUAUCAAAAUCGGUUUUACCCUUUCCGGCAAUGAAACAGCUGCGUUAAGAUGUAAAAACACCAAAGAGAAACCUUUUUGCAAGGAACAAUGUCACUGCAUUAACCACAGAUACUUUGUGGUGAACAUGCAAACACAAAAAUAACGUGCUCUGAUAUUAUACGGCAUCGUCUUUGAAACCGAUUGGUCUACACCAGAGACAGCUUUCUUGAGAGGCUAGUCUCAAACAGUGUUAGACCAGAGGACGUCGAGGGGGAUGUGAGACACGUGCACUAUUAUUUAAUCUGCCGUACCGGGAGAUCGAAUCGACCUCUGGAUUGCAAGUCCAUCGUGCAAACCGUCACACGACUGUAGUAUCCCAACUCGGGAAAAUAACAGUAGAUUACACUUUAACCUGAGUGAUACUUGUCCUAAAGUGGCUAUGCGGUGGAAAAUUCGUUAUCAAUUCGUGUCGUGUUGUGAUUUGGUCUUUCAGAUUUUUUCAGCAUUAAAAACUUGGAAGGUGCACCCACGGAAAAUACUUUGGCCGUUAUUAAAAUUAAAACAUUGCAUACAUA